GCAUCCAAAACCCAAACACAAAUCUCCCACGCAUAAAAACAGUACAACAGUCAACGGAAACCAACUGGAAAAAAAAAAAAAUGAAAUUCACCGACUCACCGGUGAUCGAACUUCAGAUACGAGACAAGCUCCUUUCCAUCCAACAGGACAAUGCCUCCAUGCACGUCGGCACCUCCGUCUGGCCCUGUUCUCUCGUCCUAGCCAAAUUCGCCGACCGAUGGGCGCCACCUACCACUGCUUCUGCCCCAAAUCCCUACUCCGCCCUCCUCGACUUCCGCUCCAAGCCCCGCCGCGCAAUCGAGCUCGGCGUUGGCUGCGGUGCCGCCGGCAUGGCAUUCUACCUCCUCGGUCUUACUGACCUCGUCCUCACCGAUAUUGCGCCGGUCAUGCCCGCUCUGAAGCAUAAUCUGAAGCGGAACAAGCAAACCCUAGGAAAGAUGCUGAAGACCUCCAUCCUCUACUGGAACAAUCAGGAUCAGAUCAAGGCGUUGAAUCCGCCGUUCGAUGUCGUGAUUGCCACCGAUGUGGUUUAUAUUGAGGAGUCUGUGGGACAGCUCGUGGGUGCGAUGGAAGCGCUGGUGGCGGACGACGGUAUCGUUCUCUUAGGAUAUCAAUUGAGGUCGCCGGAGGCGGAUAAGAAGUUCUGGGAAAUGUCCAGAGAGGUUUUUGACAUCGAGAAGGUCCCGCACGAGGAUUUGCAUCCGGAAUACGCGUACGAAGAGACCGACGUGUAUAUAUUUCGCAAGAAGAGGACAUAGCUACACACUUUUUGAUUGCAACUUGUCUUGGAGGAAGUCCUAGUUGGCAGGCAAGCUUGAGCUUGAGUUCAGCUUUGAGCUUCUGAUUGGCAUUGAAGCUUGUUUCCAGGAUCUGAAGUUGGUCUCUGGCGAGCCUUUUCUUGCUGGGUCUAGGAGAGUGGUGGCUUGGGGUUUUGGAUUGAUGGAAAUGGGACAUUUUUCCUUAGUGUGUAGUUUGAGAUAGGUUCAAUUCUUGCCUAUGUUGGAGAUGGAAAGAAGAAGCUUGAGUAAUCUCUUCUUAUAGGCCUCUUAACAGAGAGGGAGGCGGUUGUGGGGGGUGUUUUAGGUUGGUCCUACCGGUGCCAAGUGCAUAUUGGAAUGAUUGAUAAAUUAGGCACUACCAAUCUUCAUCGCAAAUUGACCCAUCAUCAAAACUUUUGUUUUAUUCAUUUUAGAAAAAAAAAAAGGCCCAUAAUUUAUCAUAAAGCAUAUCUAUCAUGUAAUAUUAGUGGGGUUAGAUGGUUUUAACAACUUACAUGAAAUCUAGGAACUAGGCAGUAUAUUCUUGUUCGAUUUGAAAUUGACAUUCAUGAGAUGCAAGAAGGCCUUUUCUUUU